AUGGCGUCUUCCCCAUCAAAAGCGCUCAUGAAGCGCUCCGCUCCCUCCGAACUCACCACCAUGCCCCCACCACCUACUAAACGAAUAAAGCGGCCAUCCACCGUCCUACCCGAAGACACCUACACCGACGCUCUCUCUCAUAUCAUCAAGCGAGAUUUCUUCCCCGGGCUGCUAGAAACAGAAACACAGCAGGAGUUCCUGGAUGCGGUGGAGUCGCGGGAUCGAGAAUGGAUCCUCGAUGCGCAGGGACGGUUGGAGACCCUCAUGACGCCGCGGGCGGAUGGGAGACGGGUCGUGGGGAGAAGAGGUGUGAGCAUGACCCCGGUGAAUGAUGGGAUUGCUGGGGAGACGCCGGUAGGGUGGACGGGGGCGACUCCGACUCCAAUAGCGAGCCGUACGCCAUCCCGGGACGCUGCCGACAGGAAACCCGAACAACCUGAAGUCGACCUGAAUCUCAGCCUUGACGCAUUCAUGGCGAAAUAUACCUCCGAAGACAACGAAUCGUUUAACGCCCUCCUCGAUAAGCAGAACACCAAGCACGCGGAGAAAUACAGAUGGCUCUACGCAGGCAACAAGAUCCCCUCCACUCGCCAACUCGAAUACUGCAAACAACAAGCAUCCCUCCCCCCUUCUUCCACCUCCCAAUCCCUCAUCCGCCUCUCCCACGCUCCCGACACCCGCCCCGCCGCCCCCACCACCCGCCGUGAAAACCCAAAGAACACCCUCAUGUUCCCUCCCGACGCUGUCGAACCCACCACCGCACAAGCCGCCGCCUCCGCGUCCCGCGCUGCGCCAAAGUCCGUAUCCUACUCAAACACCCGCAUGCCCGACCCAAUGCUGCCGUCGUCUCACGUGCCCAUACCCCCGAGUCCGAGCAUUUCGGCCGUGCGGGACGCGUUGGCAGGGCGGGAGAGGCGGACAGAGACAGAGGCGGGGUCAGCAGUAGAUGGUGGGGGCGGAGAGACACCCAGGGUAGGGGGAUAUGCGUUUGUGGAUGCGGAGGCGACGGAGGCGGAGGUUGCUGCUGCGGCAGGGGGAGUGGCGGGGGAUGAGGAUGCGCGCACGAGUGCGUUGUUAGCGCGGUUAAGGAGCGGCGCGGAUGGUGGGAGAAACCCGUUUACGAUUAACGAAGCGAGUAGGAGGGAGGCGUUGCAUCAUCGGCUUGUGGAGAAGGCGAAGGAGAAGGAGAAGGGGGUGGAGGGGAGAGGUGCGGAGGGACGGACGCCUGGGACGCCGGGGACGCCGAGAGGGAAUUUGACGCCAGCGGGGGAGAGGUUGUUGAGGGGGAUGAGGACGCCGAGGAGGGAGGCGUUUGAGGGGAGG